AUGGCUUCCAACGCGUGCUUAUGUGGUGCUAUCCCCAACAAGACACGCGACCCUGAAUCAAUCUACUGCUCGACAACAUGCGCGCGAGCCGACUCACUCGCUGCGUUGACCGCGCCAGAAGAGCUCACGUACACACGAGCCAGCCACUACCGCCGUGUAUCAUCCAAACAGGAGUUGCACGUGCAAGCCAGCAGCAAAAGCAGUAAGGACGGCAAAGGCAGCAAAGAAAUCGAUGUCAACAAAGAUGUCGACAGUCAGUCGUCCUCUUCGAAGAAAUCUGCUACACGCAAGUCACACUGGAAGAAAGCGAGACAGAUGCUCUUCGGCAGUCCUGGUACACCUGAAGAGAGCGGCGUGGAAGAGAAGAAGCUGAAAGGCAGGAUACUGAGACGCAAGUCCAAGUCGUACUCCAUCCUCAAUCCGUCAAGACAAGCGAGAUCACCGCCUAAACAACCGCAACUCGGCCAGCCUAAACUCAAGCUAAAACCCGUAACGAGGCAGCGGACGUGCUCCAGCGAAGAAGAACUGAAACCUCCCCCUCUUCCGCCAAAGCAGGCCAAACUACCCCUAGGCGCACGCCACAAGCGCGUACCGGCAAUCAUAAAGAUACCAGGUCGUGACGUAGACUAUACACACUCUAGGAACGCGUCUACAGCUUCGGAAGCACAGACAACAGCAUCGUCUGCUAACACAACGACUACUUUCCAGACUGACACCACUGCCACAACAGCUCCGUCGAGCAUCGUGUUGGACACGCCAUUAAUUUCGCCCAAGAAGUUCGGUGCCCACAGUACGCAUGGUUCACAUGGCUCAAGUGCUUCGCACGUCUCAUGCGGAUCGCAUAAGAGACAGUCGAUCGCUUCACGUAUCAGCCACCCCCGGCACUCUCCGGAAUCAACACCGAUCGCAAACAAAGUGGAAACGACGCCGGUGAUUUCGCCAAAGAUAUUCGGUCCACAACAGAGAGAAUCGUUUGGUUCGCGUAUAACCAACUCACCGGAAUCUACAGCGACACCUACAGGAUUAGCACUAGGGACAGUCGAUAACACAGGCACACCAACGCCCGCGCCUGUGAUCAGUUUCAAUGACAUGGAUGAUAGCUUAGUGCGGUCGCCAUCGUCGAACACAGUGGCUUUGAAUAGAGCUCGCUCAAAAGCAUUGAGGGACAGAGCUAAGCGGUUGUCACUUGCUAAGUCUUCCAACAACCUCCAGGUUGCCUCAAACCAGAGUCUCACGAAGACACUGCAACAGUCUCAAAGCUGCUCGACGUUCAGAUCUGCAACGACAAGCACAUCUAAGCAGACUUUCGAGAGUGCGUUCGAUGGCACCAACCCAGCUGAUUACAGUCCAAGUCCAACAUGGGAAUACGACGAUAUAUACAACAGCAACAGCCAUAUUUCGCUCGAUAAUGGGAAUGGGAAUGAAGACAGGGUCAAUGGUAAUGCUGCUGGUAUCAUGCCACUACAAUCAAUCAGGGAAUACUCACCAAUCAAGGAGUCGCAUGAGCCAUUAGCAAAUAAGGAGUCACCACCAAAGGAGGCAUCUCCACCACUCGUCGAUUACGAUCUGGAUUGGUACAUUCAACACUCUCAGUCGUACAAAUCCAUCAAGAUAGCACCACCACCUGCACCACCAGUCGCACAAUCAAUCGCACCAAAAUCAGCGCCUCCCAGCCCGUCUGACCCGAAUGCAACAUUCUCAAAGAUGAGCAACACCAACCACGCUGAACAGAACGAACUUGAGGAUCUAGAUGAUAGCAUGAAGCAGGCAUUGCUGAUGGCGGAUGAUAUACUCGCAUUUUCCUAA